AUGGAUACGACUCCAAAAGAGUCGAGACAAAUCGACUUAUGGACAUCGGAAUUUAUCACUUUCGCCGCUGCGACUAUCUUUAUCGGUUUGCGCCUGCUUAGUCGACGGUUGACGAGGAUCGAAUUCUGGUGGGAUGAUUGGUUUGCAUUGUGUUGCUAUACGGACUCACAUCUAAUGUUAUCAAUAGGGAUUAAAGAAGGUCUCGGUCUUCACAUCCACGACGUCCACAAUGGCAAGACGAUACCCGAAAUCCUGAUGAAGAACGCCCUUAUCCUUUACGUUGCCGAACUGUUCUACGCGACCGCCCUAUUCUGCGCGAAAGCCUCCAUCCUUAGCUUCUACUGGCGCAUGUUUCGAGUCACCAACAUCAAGCUACCAAUUCAAAUCCUGGCAGGCAGUGCUCUGAUCUGGAUCAUCAUUCGAUCUGAGAACCUUACCUGGAACUUGACAACCAUUGUUGUCUGGGCUUCAGUCGAAGUGAACCUCGUCACUGUAUCGACCUGUAUUUUCCUCUUCACAUGCACCAACCCCAGGUCCACCAUCAACUCCGGCUCCAACAGCUACGGUCACUCAUACGGUCGAAGCCACGGUCGCAGCCAAACCAAGAACACGAUUCGUCUUUCAACGCUGCCCAACAACAAGGACAACGACGAGUCUAGCUCGACACACCAGUUAGCCGAUUCAGACCGGGAACGUCAAUCAUCAGACUUUGAGAGUCACGCUAUGGAUCGAUACCGAGGAAACGUGGCUACUGUUACUGGACCUGCCCAUGGACGAGACCAAUCGGAAGAAUUUGAGGUUGGAACGCCAUUCGGGGGGAUCAUGGUUAAGAACGAGACCACUGUCAUGGUUUCGAAUGCCCGGCCGAGAUAG